GGAAAGAGAUAUCUGUCGGUCUGAAGAAAGACUUCCCAGCAGGAAAACAAGAAGAACCAGAAUGGGGUCUUCCAUGUCAGAAGUAAUGGCAGCCACCAGUCCGGAGAAGAUAAUGAGUCUUUUGGAAAAAGCCAAUCUCCAAUAUGUUUUGAAUCAAAUUAAUGAAGAAUUUAAUUUACUGAACAGCUCGACACUUGACAUCGCCAUCACAGGGGUGUCACGGGCUGGUAAAUCCUCCCUUGUCGAUGCUUUGAGGGGAAUGAAUGAUUUUGAGGAAGGCGCCGCUGUGACUGGGAAAGUAUCAAAAUGGAAAUGGAAAUGGAAAUCAAAAGAAACAGUCAAACUAACGAUGGGCCCAAAGAAAUAUCCACAUCCUGUAUUUCCUAGAGUAGCCAUGUGGGAUCUGCCAGGAAUUGAGAAAAAACAUUUCCAAGCAGAGGAAUACCUGAAGAGGACCAAUUUUGCAGAGUAUGAUUUCUUCGUUAUUGUUGGUGCAGGACGCUUCACAAAACAGGAUGUCCUUUUAGCCAAAGAAAUUCAGAAAAUGAACAAAAAGUAUUAUUUUGUGUGUUCCAAAGUAGAUCUCAGUAUAAAGGCCAAAAAAGGGAAAAGGAGGUCAAAUUUCAGCGAGGAAGAAACACUGGAGAAGAUUAGGAAACGUUGCUGUAAAAAUCUAAGAAAAGCAGGCGAACCUAACCCAAGGGUUUUUCUCCUUUCCAGCUGGAACUUGAGCGCGUAUGAUUUCCCCCUCUUGCAAAACACCUUGGAGAAUGAACUGGAUGACCUCAAGAGACAGGUUAUCAUUGAAUCCAUGCCAGCUUUCUCAAAAGAAGCCCUGGAGAAGAAAAAGGCUGCUAUGGAGGCUCAUGUAUGGAAAUUAGCCCUCGUGUCUUGUGUGAUAUGUGCCAUUCCUGUACCAGGCCUCUCACUUAUUUGCGACACUUCCUUCUUGAUGGCUACCAUGAAGAGAUUCUGCCAGGUCUUUGGCUUGGAUGAAGAGUCUCUUGGUAGACUUUCACGGCGAGUUGGCAAACCUGUCGAUGAGUUGAAAUCAGCUAUCAAAAAGGUGCCCUUGGCCAAUCAAAUCACCAGAAAAUUUGUAUUUGGUCUGGCAUCUAAGUCAAGUGAAUGUGGGCCACUGAUCAGAUUUUCACUUAAGUUCGUAUCUGCGUUGGGCUCUCUAGCUGGCGGGAUGGCUUCAUUUGUAACUACCUUCAACAUGCUGAAAAACUUUCUGAGUGACCUCAAGGAAGAUGCUGAGAAUGUCAUGGCAAAAGUCGCAGGGUCGCAGGACAAAUCAACUGAACCAUCCAGAAGGACAGCUAUGGCUGACAUCUCAAAAGGAUUAAUAGAAAAGGACCUUGCUGAGCUGAAGUCUUGUUUGGAACAAAAAAGUUUCCAAAACGUAUUAACUGACGUUGAUAAAGAAUUAAAACUACUAGAGAACACAACUCUUCAUAUUGGUUUCACAGGGAAUUCAGGAGCUGGUAAAUCAUCCCUUCUGAAUGCCUUUAGGAAUAUGACAGAUUAUGAAAAAGGUGCAGCUGAAACUGGGGUGGAACAGACAACUAUGAAGCCAGAGAGUUACCCCCAUCCUAAAUUCCGAGGAAUUAUAUUAUGGGAUCUGCCAGGAAUAGGGACACCUGAAUUUGAACCAAAAGAAUACCUAGAGAAGGUCAAUUUUGGCACGUAUGACUUCUUCAUCAUUGUUGCUGCAGAGCGCUUUACCGUGAAUGAUGCGAUGCUGGCCUUAGAAAUUCAAAAGAGAAAUAAGCGGUUUUACUUUGUUCGUACCAAAGUGGAUCAGGCUAUAGAUUCUGAAAAAAGGAAGCCAAAUUUUGAUGAAACACGGACCCUGGAAGAGAUAAGAAAAUACUGCCUUUCCAAUUUCACUCAGAAAGGAAUAGUCGAUCCAAAAGUGUUUCUAAUAUCCAGGUGGCAUUUGGAUAAGUACGAUUUCCCUACCCUGCAUAAGACCCUAGCAGCUGAUCUGAAUGAUCUCAAGAGAUCUCUUCUGAUUAUGGCAAUGCCUGCUUAUUCAAAAGAAGAGCUGCAACAGAAAAAGGCAGCUAUGGAAGGCCUCAUCUGGAAAAGAGCAGCUCUGUCUUGUGGCGUUGGGAUGAUUCCAUUGCCUGGUGUCUCUCUUGUUUGUGAUAUUGCCCUCUUAGUAACAACAAUGAAAGAUUUCUGCAAGGCUUUUCAGUUGGAUGAAGAUUCCCUCUGUAAACUUGCAGAACGGGUUGGUAAACCCAUCGACGUGCUGAAAUCUGCUGUCAAAAAGACUCCGUUGGCGAGCCAGAUCAACCCGGAAUUUGUGCGUUCUCUGAUGACCACAUCAGUGGUGGUUGCCUCUGGGAUGGUGCUGGAAGAGAUUUCACAUUUCAUACCUGUCUUAGGCUCCCUCGUUGGUGGAGUUAAUUCUUUUGCCACCACUUUUUAUAUGCUGAAGGGCUUCCUAAAUGAUGCAAUGGAAGAUGCCGAGAGUGUUCUGGCAACAGUCACUGAGUAAAAAUUCUGCUAAAAAGAUUCUUCAAUUAACCUUC